GCCGCCGCCGAGGACUCAGCUGCCUCCCCCUCGAGCCCCCUCGCUUCCUGACGCUCCGUCCCCCCCGCCCGCCUUCUCCCGCAGCCGCCUUCUGCAGGCCGUUUCCACCGAGGAAAAGGAAUCGUAUCGUAUGUCCGCUAUUCAGAACCUCCACUCUUUCGACCCCUUUGCUGAUGCAAGUAAGGGUGAUGACCUGCUUCCUGCUGGCACUGAGGAUUAUAUCCAUAUAAGAAUUCAACAGAGAAACGGCAGGAAGACCCUUACCACUGUCCAAGGGAUCGCUGAUGAUUACGAUAAAAAGAAACUAGUGAAGGCGUUUAAGAAGAAAUUUGCCUGCAAUGGUACUGUAAUUGAGCAUCCAGAAUAUGGAGAAGUAAUUCAGCUACAGGGUGACCAGCGCAAGAACAUAUGCCAGUUCCUAAUAGAGAUUGGACUGGCUAAGGACGAUCAGCUGAAGGUUCAUGGGUUUUAAGUGCUUGUGACUCUGAAGCUUAAGUGAGGAUUUCUUGCAAUGAGUAGAAUUUCCCUCCUGUCCCUUGUCACAAGUUUAAAAACCUCACAGCUUGUAUAAUGUAACCAUUUGGGGUCCGCUUUUAACUUGGACUAGUGUAACUCCUUCAUGCAAUAAACUGAAAAGAGCCAUGAA